UUUCAAAACUAAUCCUUCCUAUAAGAACCCAACCGUCGCAGUCAUCUGGCGGUUGAAACAUUUACUUGCUUCCUCAACCUAUUUGUCGAGAGGAACAAAAGGACUGAAAACCCGUUUGGAGGGUGAGAAAACUCGAAAUAGGCAAAGAUGUCGGGCAUGGGAGACGGGUACGUGGGCACGGCCCAAGACGCCGUGAGGAUACGGCGGCUAGAGAAGCAACGAGAAGCUGAGCGUCGAAAGAUCCAAGAGCUCAAGACCAAGUCCGCCUCCGGCAAGGGCCAGCCUGGCCUCCUUCAAUUCGGGUCAAGUACUUCCGAGAUUCUCGAGACUGCGUUUAAGAAGGAAACUGUGGGUUUGGUAACAAGAGAGCAAUAUGUUGAGAAGAGGGUCAAUAUUCAGAACAAAAUUGAAGAAGAAGAAAAGGAGAAGCUUCAGAAGCUUCGACAAGAGGAGGAGGAGCUCCAGUUAGAAAAGCGAAAAAAGAGAAAGAUUAAGGGGAAUUCUCGGUUAUCCUUUGCUGAUGAUAUGGAGAAUGAAAGUGGAGAAGAGGACAGCAAAGAAAAAAGUUUUGAAUCGAAGGGGUUGGUGCGAGGAAAGUUUGGCAAAGACCCCACAGUGGAAACGAGCUUCUUGCCUGACAGUGAGCGAGAGGCAGAGGAGCAAGCUGAGCGUGAAAGGUUGCGGAAACAGUGGCUUCAUGAACAGGAACAGAUACGAAAUGAGCCUCUUGAAAUUACUUACAGCUACUGGGAUGGAGCAGGCCACAGGAGAGUAAUCCAGGCGCGGAAAGGUGAUUCCAUUGGAGAGUUUCUUCGGGCUGUUCAACAGCAACUUGCUCCAGAGUUUAGAGAAAUUAGAACAACUUCUGUGGAGAAUUUACUUUAUGUGAAAGAAGAUCUCAUCAUUCCCCAUCAGCACAGCUUCUAUGAGCUUAUUGUUAACAAGGCUAGGGGAAAAAGUGGACCGCUUUUUCACUUUGAUGUGCAUGAGGAUGUGCGGACUAUAGCUGAUGCAACAAUAGAGAAAGAUGAGUCUCAUGCUGGUAAAGUUGUUGAGAGGCACUGGUAUGAGAAGAACAAACACAUUUUCCCAGCUUCAAGAUGGGAGAUAUAUGAUCCGUCAAAGAAGUGGGAGCGAUACACCAUCCACGGAGAUUGAGCUGGUAGGAUGCUAGGUUUCCAUUUUUCAAGUAUUUCGUUCAUCAAGACCUGGGAGGUUUGUCUCAUCAAACUGCAUGGGAACAAAUUUGAAGUUGUACUUGUGUUUUUCAUUACAGUUUUUUCAAAAAACAUCACGAGUUAUUUAGUCAGUUGGUUGAAGGAUUUAUAUUUUAUAAUGGUUAGUCAUGACGCAUGGAUCUUCUAAUCAGGCUUCUGUUCUUGAAUAAAAAAUAUACAGUGCAAUACUUCUCUCCCUGCUCUGCAGAAAUAAGCAUCAUUAUCGUAAACAUGCUUUCUUUAUCA